GGAACACACAAUUGACCACCAUAGAUACUCCCUCUCUAAAACCCCUCCUCUCCAAAUACUCCAUCUUUUCUCAAAACUCCAUUUCUCCGCUUACCUUUCUCCGCCCGCCGGUUCUCAUUCACGAAAUUACUGGAAAAGUGGUCUGGGAAGAAAAGUCAUGGCUCCAAAUCCGAGAGUUGCCAAGGCAUUUCGCGCGAUGAAGGAUCUGGGCAUCCUUGAGGAGAAGACGAAACCGGUGUUGAAGAAACUUUUGAAAUUAUAUGAAAAAAAAUGGGAACUGAUCGAGGAAGAAAAUUAUAGAGCCCUUGCCGACGCUAUAUUCGACCAAGAGGAAACACAGGUGGAAGAAAAAAAGAACCCCCCUGAAAAUAAUGAUGUUAACACUUUGGAGGCAGAGGCAUCUGAAGUUGAUGAGACUGAGCGGCCCUUGAAAAGGUUGCGUCUAAAGCAUCAAGAUAACAAUGGCUCAGUCUCUAUCAAUAACCCUAGUCCCUCAACUGGUGUAACUCCCCUGAAGCACAAACUACCUGGAGAAGGCUCGUUACCAGAAAACCAGUCUCCAUUGACUAGAAACAAAACAAAAGCUUUGACCAUACAUGAACAGUCCGAGGCAUCUCAAAAGGGUGCGUCUGACAUAAGUCAGCAACUUGUCAUUAGGGGAACAGGAUCUGAUCCAGUUUCUCCUACAGCACGCUACAAGGACAAAGGAAAAGCACCUCUUAUUGCUGAAACUGUGUCGGGAGACACAAACUCAGCUUUGCAAAAGUCAUCCCAAGCUUUGUGUUUGAAAGAACCUAAGCCUGAGCCUGGUACAGAACCAUCUAAAAGGAAAAGAUUAAAUACAACUCGGGUAUUGAUCACGCCAAAAGACGAACCAAUUACUGAUGGCAUGCCUGAAGUCGUUCUUCCAAUUUCCGUGAUUCAUCCAGAUCCUUCAGACAAUGAAGUUUCUUUACUUGAGGAACACAGAGUUAGAGAUGACGAUUGUCCAGAUGAAAAUCAAGAAGAUGGACAUACUUUGCUGAAUAAAAAGGGUGCAACUGAGAAGGCUGCAAAUAUUGGGGAUGGCCCUUCUUCUACUGAUAUACAGAUAGCUGCCUCACCCUGUGGAGAGGUGAAAAUUUCUUUGACUUGUAGUAAUUCAGCUAUGGGAAGGUCUGAUUUCCAUAUGCCUAGUAUAGAUGCUGUUCUGAAAAUGGUGCAGGAUAAUUGCCUCAGAUCCUACAAAGUCAUGGACCCAAGUUUCUCUGUGACCAAUCUUAUGAGAGAUAUGUGUGAAUGUUUUCUGAAACUAGGAACUGACUCUGCAAAUGAAUCACAGGAAUCGGUUGAUGUCACACAAGCUGCUGGUUUAUUAGAGCAUUCUGAUACAGUAGGUGGAAAUAAAAAGGCUAUUGAUCCUAUACCUCUAACUAAUUCUGCUGAUGCUGAUCUGGCAGAGGAUCAUAUUUCACUGCCUUCUACUGACGCUGAUCUGGUAGAGGAUCAUAUUUCACUGCCUUCUACUGACAUUGAUGAUGGCCAGCAGACUGACAACAUAACUGCGGAGAAUGGAAGUGCCAAUGAAGUAAAUGGCUCUGAAAAUGCUUCUGAUUUGGGAGUUCAAAGGAGGGAUAAUAGGAUUCAGUAUGACCUUGACAUUGCCAAUGGGCACGAAAAAGUUGUAAUUUCACUCAUGAACGAGGUUAAUGAUGAAAACCCACCAUCUUUUCGUUAUAUCCCCCACAACGUGGUCUUUCAAAACGCGUAUGUUAAUUUCUCAUUGGCCCGACUUGGUGAUGAUAAUAGUUGUGCAGCUUGUUCGGGUAACUGUUUAUCAUCAUCGCUACCUUGCGCAUGUGCCCGCGAUACUGGUGGUGAUUACGCGUACACUAUAGAGGGUCUUGUUAAAGAAGAACUUUUAAAAGAGUGCAUCUCCAUGAAUCGUAAUCCUCAAAAGAAUUGCCAAUACUACUGUAAGGAGUGCCCACUUGAAAGAUUGAAAAGUGAGGAGAUCAUUGAACCUUGUAAGGGUCACUUGGUACGGAAGUUUAUAAAAGAAUGCUGGUGGAAAUGUGGCUGCAAUAGACGAUGUGGUAAUCGGGUUGUGCAGCGUGGAAUAUCUAUCAAUUUGCAGGUUUUUAUGACACCAGGAGGCAAAGGAUGGGGCCUUCGCACACUGCAGGACCUUCCAAAGGGUGCCUUUGUGUGUGAAUAUGUGGGAGAAAUAUUGACAAAUGCGGAAUUGUUUGAGCGAGUGUCAGCCAGAUCAGAUGGUGAAGCACAUGCAUACCCUGUUUUACUUGAUGCAGAUUGGGGUGCAGAAGGCGUCUUAAAAGACGAAGAAGCUCUAUGCUUGGAUGCUACUUAUUAUGGGAACGUUGCAAGGUUUAUCAAUCACAGAUGUUUCGACUCCAAUAUGGUUGAGAUACCAGUGGAAGUGGAGACACCUGAUCAUCACUAUUAUCAUCUUGCUUUCUUCACGACAAGAAAAGUGCAAGCGAUGGAGGAACUGACCUGGGAUUACGGUAUUGAUUUUGAUGAUCAUGAACAUCCAGUCAAGGCCUUUAAAUGUCAUUGUGGCAGCAAGUUCUGCCGGAAUAUUAAACGCAACAGCAGAUCAAAAUCUAGAAAAUGAAGUCACUGAAAUAUAGCUGAUGUCUUAUGGGAAGGAGCAGCAAUAGCGUUUUUGGCUUUUGGAUGCUAUUGUUGACAACCUAUAUUUUGCAUAAAAACAAAAACAAAGCGAUCAGCGAAGAAACCUGUUAUUUUGUUGCGGUUUAAGUUGAAACAGUAUGUUAUUCUGAAUUAGUUCUAACUAGUUCAUGAUUAUGGGCUUUAGUAGUAAGCUCUUUUGGGAUACUUAGUUUAAUCUUUACUCUAGACCUAUCAGUUUUUAAAAUGCUUACAACUGUCAUUUUUGUUUAAUAUUUACUCUUGGGUUUUAUAAAUUAUGGAUUUUACUUG